AGCACUUAUAGAAGAUAUAGUACAAUGGUUCGACAAGUUUUUUUUGGUCCGUUGAUUCAAACAAAUGAUAAAGAAGAAUUAAUUAUUCAGGAGAAUGUUGCUGUAUUUGUUGAUGAUGGCAAAAUUACUUCGAUUUUGGAGAAUCCAAAGGAUCAUGAGAGAGAAUUUCAAUUGGAAAGGAAAAUUCGAGAUGAAAUUAUCGUUUUAUCACAUGGUCAGUUUAUGAUGCCUGGAUUUAUUGAUGCCCAUACUCAUGCAGUACAGUUUCCAAAUCUUGGACUGGGUUACAAUAAAGGUCUUUUAGAUUGGCUGGAAACUUAUACCUUUCCACUGGAGAAACAGUAUACUGAUACAAAAUUUGCAGAGCGAGUGUUUGAAGCAGUUGUGAAACGGACCAUUAAAAUGGGUACAACAACGGCAUGUUAUUUUGCAUCUUUAUAUGCUGAUGCAUGUGCAAUUCUUGCGCAAAAAACUGCCAAAUUAGGUCAACGAGCUUUCAUCGGAAAAGUUAAUAUGAACACUCCGCGUGACGAUGGAUAUUACGAAAACACCUUGACGUCAGUUAUAGAUACCAUAGGAUUUAUAAAGUCUAUUGAGAUAAUAGGGAGUCCUCUUAUAAAACCGAUCAUUACACCAAGAUUCGCACUGAGUUGUGACAUGGAAUUAAUGCAAAAGUUGGCAGAGAUCGCUAAGUCGAAAGACAUACAUAUACAGAGCCAUGUUUCUGAAAAUAAGGAUGAGAUAAUAGCAGUGAAACAGGCUUUUCCACAUCUGCCUUCGUACACAGCUGUUUAUGAUGCUGCUGGUCUUCUUACCAAUAAGACUGUAUUAGCACAUGGAGUCUAUCUUGAAGAUGAUGAACUUACCAUUCUUAAAGAACGAGGAACAGCUGUAAUUCAUUGUCCUUCUUCAAAUACAAAUCUGAAAAGCGGACUUUGCGAUGUGCAAAGAUUAAAGGCUAAUAGUAUCAAAGUCGGACUUGGAACAGAUGUUUCAGGUGCAACUAGUUACAGUAUGUUGAAUGAGAUAAGAUCGGUUUUACAAGUAUCAAAUUGUUUAUCUUUGACUAGAGAUAAUUAUACACCGCUUAGUUAUAAAGAUGUCUUUCAUAUGGCAACAUUGGGAGGUGCUAAAGCACUCUCAAUUGAUGACAAAGUCGGUAAUUUGAUGAUAGGCAAAGAAUUCGAUGCUCUCAUCAUCGACAUGAACGCGGAAGGCGGUUUGUUGGAUAAUUUUAAAGAAUAUACACUUGAAGAGAAUUUUCAGAGAUUUAUAUAUGCAGGUGAUGAACGUAAUAUAGUAUCAGUAUAUGUAAACGGUAAGAAAGUCAAUUAA